AUGAUUAAACAAAAUGCCAGACAAUGGCAUGAAACUUUAAUACAAGCAUUAUGGGCAUACAGAACGAGUCCUCGCUCAGCUACCAAUGUCAUGCAUUUUCAGCUAAUAUAUGGACAAGAAGCGGUCUUACCUGUAGAAAUAAAUAUGCAAUCAAUGCGGAUAGCCUUACAAAAUAAUUUGAGCGAAGAAGAUUAUACAGAAGCUAUGAUACAAAAUUUAUUAGAAUUAGACAAAAUUAGACUAGAUUCACUUAAUAGGAUUGAGAUACAAAAGAGAAAAGUAGCCAAGUGUUACAAUAAGAGAAUAGUGGCUAAGUCAUUCGAACAAGAGGAAUUAGUAUGGAAAGCUAGAUUGCCUCUCGACAUGAAAGAUCCAAAAUAUGGAAGGACCUUACCUAGUAGAGUCUGUAUUGCCUAA